UUUAAUAGACUUAUGUCUCCCCCAUCAACUCUCUAUAUAUUCACAUCCCCUCCCCCAUUCUCUCACCACUCGAUCACUACUCCCACCACCUCUCUCUCACUUUGUACUUACUCUCUCUCAAGCUUGUGUAGCAAUGGCCAUGGCCUACAAGCUCUUUAUUUUGGUUGCUUUUGCUCUCCUAGCCAUUUCCAUGGCUGAGGACAAGGUGUUGGCUCAGGGAACAGAUCAUGUCGAAGGGGAGUACCAUUUGGAGGGUUCAAAUGGGCAGGGGAGUCUCCGAAGCUAUCAAUGCCCCGGGCAAUGCUCAAGGAGGUGCGCACAAACCCAAUACAAGAAGCCGUGCUUAUUCUUUUGCCAAAAGUGUUGCAUGAAGUGCCUUUGCGUCCCCUCGGGGUAUUAUGGGAACAAAGGGGAGUGCCCUUGCUACAACAAUUGGAAGACCAAGCGCGGAGGACCAAAAUGCCCUUGACUUUAUCUUAAUCUCCACCAUUAUCCCCUCAGUACUUAAUUAUUGUAUUGUAUUGUAUUGUAUUGUAUUGCCACCAUUAGUUGCCCAACCAAGCUUAAUUAAGUUGAUUGUAAGAUCAAGUUUGGUGGGAGGCACUAAUUAUCUCCGAAUUGCUACUUAUUAUUAAUUAAGCAAACAUUGAUGUGAUUUGUUUCAUUUUAAGCAAUAUUAAUUCUCCCAUUUUUCAUA